AUGUCUCAAAUUGGCUUCAUUGGCCUUGGCAAUAUGGGAAAUCCUAUGGCCAGGAAUCUGCUCAAAUCGGGUCAUGAGCUUCAUGUCUUUGAUAUAUCCAAAAAAGCCUGCAAUGAUUUGGAGAGCAAAGGAGCCGCAGUUCACCCCGGAGUCACCGAAGUGACCCAGAAAUCCAACUACGUGAUCACUAUGUUGCCAAACAAUAACAUUGUAGAAGCUACCUAUAAAGAAAUACUUUUUCAAGGCUUAAAAAAGGAUACCACGUUCAUAGAUUGCUCCACAAUCUCACCAAAGUUGGUCAAGUCACUGCUGAAGAGAAUCAGUUCCCAAGGAGGUCGCUUCCUGGAUGCACCCGUAUCCGGCGGAGUUCCUGGAGCUCAGGAGGCCAGCCUCACAUUUAUGGUGGGAGGAGCUGAGGAGGACUUCAAGGCAGUCACGGGAAUCCUGGAGUGCAUGGGACAACGCAUUGUCCACUGUGGAGCCCAGGGAAUGGGUCAGGCAGCCAAGCUCUGCAACAAUAUGAUGCUGGCCAUCUCCAUGAUCGGCACUUCGGAGGCCAUGAACCUGGCCGUGUCCCAGGGUCUAGAUGCCAAGAUCUUCGCUGGGAUACUCAACUCUUCCACGGGGCGUUGCUGGGCUUCCGAGUUCUACAAUCCAGUUCCAGGGAUAUCGGCCUCAACUCUGGUUAACAAAGUUCCCAUUUCGUUGAUCAACAAAGACCUAGACUUGGCCUUGGAUGCGGCCAAGGCCUCGAACUCCCACAUUCCCAUGGGUGAACUGACCCACAAGAUCUACAGUUCCCUAAUUGCCCAGAACCUAGGUCACAGGGACUUCUCCGAUAUUUAUCAAUUAAUGCAGCAGAACAAAUUCACUUUUUAG